UUGACACAGAGAAGGACCUGUUACUAUCCACAGAGAGAAGGAUUUUUAUAUAUUGCCUAUCUCCUAGUCCAGUUUCUGGUAGAAGAAUGAGAAACAAGUUACAUUUGCAAUGAAUUUCUCCAGUUUUCUAAUUUUCCUUCCCCUCGUGCAUGGUUCAUUACAGUCAUCAGUUACUUUUACUUUGCGAGGAAAUGGCAAUGGACAGCCKUGUGUAUUCCCUUUCAAAUACAAAGACAAGCAGUACAACGAGUGCACAGAUGCUGGCAGGUCAGAUGGCUGGCUCUGGUGUGCAACAACUGCAGAUUUUGAUGCUGAUAAACUGUAUGGAUUUUGCCCACUAAAUGACACAGAGAGAUUUUGGACAGAAGAUGUUUCAACCGGCAUUCACUAUCAGAUAAACUCAGAAUCAGCUCUAACAUGGCACCAAGCAAGGGAAAGAUGUCAGCAGCAAAAUGCAGAACUACUGAGCAUUACAGAGACUGAGGAGCAAGCAUAUGUAGGAGAGCUAACUAAAAAAUUUCGUUUUCCCKUCUGGAUUGGAUUGAAUGCUUUGAAUUUCAACAGUGGAUGGCAGUGGGCUGGGGGCAGCSCUUUCAGAUAUUUAAACUGGGUUCCAGGAAGUCCUUUCCCAUUUCCGGGGAAAAUCUGUGGAGUGUUGAAUCCCAAAAAGAAUGCUAAAUGGGAAAACCAAGCAUGCAACCAGAAACUAGGCUACAUUUGUAAGAAGGGAACCUUCAGUUCAAAGCCUGACAUUAUGCCCAAAGGGGAGUUGAAGCCUGUUCAGUGCACAGAUGGCUGGUGGCCGUAYGCAGGUCACUGCUACAGCAUUCACCGGGACCCCAAAACAUGGGAAGAUGCUCUGUCUUCAUGUAAAGAGCAAGGUGGAGAUUUGGCGAGCGUCCACAACAUUGCUGAACACAGCUUUCUGGUGUCACAGCUUGGUUACAAGCCAACAGACGAGCUGUGGCUGGGUCUGAACGACCUGAAGGCUCAAUUCUACUUUGAGUGGAGUGAYGGGACUCCUGUGACAUUCACCACGUGGCAGCGCGGGCAUCCCACCUACAGGAGCCAUCUGGACCACUGCACUGCCAUGAAGGGGCAGGAUGGAUACUGGGCAACUGAUGCUUGUAAUAAGCAACUUGGUUACAUCUGCAAAAAGAAGCUUUCACCACAAUCCUCAGAAAAAGACACAAUUGACGACCCUGGCUGCCAGAAAGGUUGGAGAAGAUAUGAUUUACACUGUUACUUGGUGGGUUCUGCACUUCUGACAUUCUCAGAAGCAAAUAAGACAUGUGAAGAGAGCAAAGCUUAUCUAGCUACAGUGGAAAGCAGAAAUGAGCAAACUUUUCUGAUCAGUCUGACGGGGCUGAGGUCUGAAAAAUAUUUCUGGAUUGGUCUCUCUGACACAGAGGAACAAGGGAAUUUCAGGUGGACCAAUGGAGAAAUUCCUCAUUUCACACACUGGAACACAGCAAUGCCAGGGAAAGAGCAAGGCUGUGUUGUCAUGGGAAAUGGAAUUGCAGCUGGAUUAUGGGAUGUUGUUAGCUGUGAGAAGACAUCAAAUUACCUUUGCAAACAGCGGGCAGAGGGAGUGCCACCUCCUGCUCCUCCAGGACAGGUCCCUGUGGUCACCUGUGCUGAAGGCUGGGACAGAACACCCCGAGCAGACUCUUGUGUCAAAUUUUUUAUGAGAGAGGGAAGCCAAAAGAAAUCYUGGUUUGAGGCUGAAGAAUUCUGUAGAGAAUUAGGUGGAAAUCUGAUCUCAAUCAAUACAAGAGAAGAUCAAAUUUUCUUAUGGCGAUUAGCAUCGGAUAGAGGACUGAACACUCAAGGUUUCUGGAUUGGUUUGUUUCUCUUAAAUCCUGAUAAAGAAUUUGCCUGGAUUGAUGGCUCCCCCGUAAUUUAUGAGAACUGGGAAGAAUAUGAACCCAACAACAGCAGAGAACUCGAACACUGUGUUAUGCUUACCAGAUCACCCCAAAUGUGCUGGAAUGACUUGCGCUGUGARCAUUUACUUAAUUGGAUUUGUGAAACAAAAAAAGCUCCACUGAUAAAACCUGAAGAAAACGACAAAUUUGACUUUCAACUCAGCAAAGAUGGAUGGCUUAUAUACGAAAAUAAGCAGUACUAUUUCAGCGAAACACAAGCCCAUAUGGAGGAAGCACGGAGAGCUUGUCAGAAGAACUUUGCAGAUCUUGUUGUCCUUGAGAAAGAAAGAGAAAGACGAUUUCUGUGGCAAUAUAUUUCCACAAAAAGCGGAGGAGAAUCAUAUUUCAUUGGCUUAGUUGUCAGCUUUGACCAGAGAUUCAGAUGGCUGGAUGACACCCCAGUGAGUUAUGUUGCCUGGGCUCCAAACGAACCCAAUUUCGUAAAUAAUGAUGAAAACUGUGUGGUAAUGUCGGACGAUUUUGGCCUUUGGAAAGAUAUAAAUUGUGGUGUGAGAAAUAAAUUUAUCUGUGAAAGGAAAAAUUCAGCUUAUUCAGGAUUUGCUCCUACUGURCUUCCACCUCUGGGAGGGUGUCCURAAACUUGGCUUUUGUUUAACAAUAAGUGUUAUAAAAUAUUUGGCUCCAGAGAAGACGAGAGACUAUCUUGGCACUCAGCAAGAAAUGUUUGUAGAGAAUUGGGGGGAAAUUUGGCCUCUAUACACAAUAAUAAAGUGCAAGCCUUCCUCACCUUCCACCUAAAGGAUGUUGCCAACGACACAUGGAUCGGUCUGAAUAGCAUUAUCUAUGGGUAUAUGUUUCUCUGGACUGAUGGAAGUGCUUUUGACUAUACAAAGUGGGGAAGAGGAUUUCCACUCCGUGGUAAAUACCACAGGGUGUUUAAUGAGUUUACUGAAACAAAGACGGACUGUAUUGCAAUGACAGAAAGAUCUGUAGAUGAAGCAGGAUUAUGGGAAGAAACUGACUGCCAGCAUAAAAAAAGCUACCUUUGCCAGAUGGACAGCAAGCCUGAAUUGUUUCACUCCACAAGUGCUCCAGUUUCUGGAGAUUUUGUCCACUAUGGCAACAACAGCUAUUUAAUCAUUCCUUCUAAAAUGAAUUGGGAAGAAGCGAGAAAAGCAUGCAAGGAGAAAUCUUCAGAGCUUGCCAGCAUUUUUGAUCAUUACAGUAAUAUAUUCUUGAUGCUGCAGGCACUGCAGUAUGGAGAGCCUUUAUGGAUUGGGCUCAACAGCAAUGUGAAUUAUGGCUACUAUAGAUGGACCAAUAAAAGGAAAGUAAGUUUUUCKAAGUGGGACUAUGGAGAACCAAAASAGAAAAGAGCCUGUGUCUAUCUGUCACUUUCUGACAACUGGAAAACAGCACCUUGUAAUGAAAAACAUUUUCCUGUAUGCAAAAAAACUGAGGAUGUGCUUCCUUCUGACCCUCCCCAGGGUAUUGGAACAUGUCCUGAAUCUGAUCACAUAUCUUGGAUUCCUUUCCGAAGCCACUGCUAUAAYUUCAAUGUCAAUGAAAUGAGCUGGGGUAAUUCUGUGACUCAGUGCAUUCUAUCAGGUGGUAUGCUGACUUCUGUAGAAGAUGAGAAUGAAUCAAACUUUUUAACAGAACAUGCUGACUUAUACACAAGCAAGACAAGYGGCUUUUGGAUAGGAAUAUACAGAAAUGUAAAUGGGCAGCUGCUUUGGCAGGACAACAGUGCCUUGGACUUUGUGAACUGGGGUGAGGGGCAGCCCUCAGGGGACGAGCUGGAUUUCUGCGUGGAGCUGUCUGCAUCCACAGGGUUCUGGAGUUUCCUGCCUUGCUCUUCCCAAAAGGGUUUUAUUUGUAAGAAACCAAAGAGUAAGUUUCAUUCAUUUCUGUUUACUGUGWAUUUAUUUGCAGAUGCCAAAAAGAGCAAAGCCAGUCAUCACCUGAAUAUGUGGAUACUUCUUACUCUGGUCCUCAUCAUUUUAUUAGGGCUGGGCUUCAUGAUUUAUUUUUCAUUCAAGAUGAAAACUCAAAGUGAAACUGGAAGAGAGGCGAGGCAUAGCAGCAUAAAGGUGGAAUACCGCCGUGCCCUAAGUGCAGAGGACAACAAAARUGAUGCUACCAAUGACAAAGAAAAAAAUGAACACAGUGUUGUCUGAUGGGAUAACACAGCCAAAAUAAAUGGUUAAGACAAAAAAAUAUAGCUGACUAAAGGAAACUUUAGUCUCUAUUAGGUGCUUGCAACUUUUACUAUGAGCUAAAGUUGGCAGUUAUUCCUUUGGUAAAGAUUAGGAACGAUUGUUGUAUGCUCUUCAAUAAAUACUCUCAGGUAUUUAUUGGUUUAGUACUGUACAAAAUGGCUAAUCGAGCAAGCAAGAAAAUAAAAAAUCAGGGGGAAUUUAGAUUAGAAAUAUAUGGGUUAUUCAUUCAGAAUGUGUGCAGCAUCAUAUACAGAACCAGGACUGACACCGAGCACUCUUUGCAGAGCGCUCAGCCCUGGGAGAACCUCACCAUGCUCUACUGAAGCAUGCACACUGUUACUCAAGUGGAGCUUGGAAUAAACAGAUUUACACGAAYUGUUUGUCCCCAUUGCUGCCCUUGUCUUGUACCCUUUACUGAAAUAUCUCCCUUCCCACAAUGUUAUAAGAGAAAUGCAAAUACUUGUCUUUCAUUCAUGGCUUCAACUUAGAUUUUGCAAAACAAAUAAACGUUUGUAUACAGUCUUAUUUUAUGACUCUGAAUAAUUUUUAUCAGUUAUGAA